AUGGACUCAGAGAUGGGCCUUCUUGCUGACGAGAUCACGCAGCAAGUUGCAAUUUGGGAAAAAUAUGGUCGUGAGUCCGGACUGGCACUGCCAUCUGCUGGCUUUUACACUCGCACUCCAGUUCUAUCGCCUCAAACUCCGCGCUAUGUCCUUGAUGCCAGGGAAAAGAUCAUAGGCUCGGCAUUCAAGCUUCUUCAGCUAGCAGCAGGUCCAUCCAAGAUCCCCUCAAUUGCAAUAUCUUAUUCUCAAACCUUGAUGGCCCUUAAAUGGCUUUUCCACUUCAAAAUCUUUGAUCACGUCCCAGAAGAGCCGAUUGAAUACGACGAGUUGGCAGAAUCUGCGAAUGUGCCGGUCCUCGAGCUCAAACGGAUGCUCAGAAUUGUUAUGGCCAGCUUCAUUUUUUUCGGAGCUCGAGGAUGGAACGGCAUCCCCUUUUUCUGCGAUGUCGUCAUGCCAGCUGCAGUAAAAAUAGUGGAUGCAACAACUCGUUGGCCCAGCUCGGAGGAUCCAGAUGAGACCGCUCGCAACAUAGCCCAGAAUAAUGAUUUGAACUUGCCUCAAUAUCUGACCGAAAGCAACCAAGCUGAGGGAUACACUAGUUUGAUGAAGCUUCUUGGCAGCGAGCCCAGCCAGCAGACUGUCUUAUCUGCCGAUAUUGUUCACGGAUUCGAUUGGGCAAAUCUACCGAGAGAUUCGGUAGUUGUGGAUGGUCCCCAAGAUAAACUGAAUGUUUUGAAAGAGACUCUUGGCACAAUCGAAUUCUUCGCUCACGACUUUCGCGAUGAGCAGCCCACUCAUUCAGCUGCAGUGUAUCUUCUAGCAGGGACACUUGACAAUCUUCCAGACGACGCCGUCAAAGAAAUUUUGGUCAACAUUGCCAAUGCUAUGUCGCCCGUAUCGUACAUUCUUAUUGCUACUUCAGUGCUGUCGGAAGCAGACGACGAAUCACUAGCAGUGCAAAGGGAAACCCGGUGUCGCGACUUGACCAUGAGACAAUUGCAGAAUACUAGGGCUAGAACAAUCAGCGAAUGA